GUAAUUGAGUUGGAUAUGUGUAACGUGUGUUAUUUAAGGUUGUUGAACUGAUCAUGUAGAAUAUCUCAAGUUAGUUUUAGUGAAAAUUUCAAGACGUAAUUUUUGGAGACAAUGUGGUGCGCUUUUUUUAUAAACAAUUCUCCACUCUAAUCUUUAUGAACUAAGGACUAUUUUUAUAUGUAGGUUGCUUGCUUUACAGAACACUAGGUAAAAAAAACUAUUGAUAAAAUCCGGUACCACUUGCCGAAAUGAAUCGCUGAUUAAUUAAAUGCGAAAUUGACGCAAUUAAUAUGAAGUAUGAGUAAUCUAUAAUCUUUGUAUAUAAUAGUCCGGAGCAGUCCAAAACUUGUGAAAGAAAAAGAGAAAGAGGAGGAUAAUGAGUGGAGAAGGAAAGGUGGUGUGUGUGACAGGUGCUUCUGGUUUUAUUGCUUCAUGGAUUGUCAAGUUCCUUCUUCAACGGAGUUACACCGUCAGAGCCACUGUUCGUGAUCCAAGUGAUCCUAAAAAGGUUGACCACUUGGUUAAUCUUGAGGGUGCAAAAGAGAGGUUGCAACUCUUUAAGGCAGAUCUUUUGGAACAAGGUUCCUUUGACUCUGCUGUUGAGGGAUGUGAUGGUGUCUUUCAUACUGCUUCACCUGUUCGUUUUCGUUUUGUCGUAGACGACCCUCAGGCUGAGUUGAUUGAUCCGGCAGUGAAGGGAACUCUUAAUGUUCUUAAAUCAUGUGCGAAAUCACCAUCUGUGAAACGAGUUGUCUUAACUUCUUCUGUUUCUGCAGUUGCAUUUAACACAAGGCCGAAGAAUCCAGGAGUCAUACUUGAUGAGACAUGGUUUUCAGAUCCAGAUUUCUGUAGGGAAUCACAGUUAUGGUACACACUUUCAAAGACUUUGGCUGAGGCUGCUGCUUGGGAAUUUGUAAAUGAAAACAAGAUUGAUAUGGUUGUUAUUAACCCAACAAUGGUUGCUGGGCCUCUCUUACAACCAGAGGUUAACGAAAGUGUUGAACCAAUUCUAGACAUAAUAAAUGGUAUACCUUUUCCAAAUCAUGCUUAUGGAUGGGUGAAUGUGAAAGAUGUUGCUAAUGCCCAUAUUAACGCAUAUGAGAUCGCUUCAGCUAGUGGAAGAUAUUGUUUGUCUGAGAGAGAUGUACACUUAUCAGAAGUUGCUACGAUCUUACGUGAUCUAUGCCCAACAUUAAAAAUUUCAGACAAGUGUGAGGAUGAAGAGCCAUAUAUAGCAACGUAUGAGAUUUCCAAGGAAAAGGCUAAAAGUUUGGGAAUCGAGUUUACUCCUUUGGAAGUCAGCCUCAAGGAGACUGUGGAAAGCUUCCGGAAGAAAAAGAUUAUCGACUUUUAGUCUCCCACCACAUUUCACUUAAUCAAUAAAGAAAUGACAAGAUGUUACUGCCAUUUGAUCCAUAAAUUUGAAGUGAAUUCCACCUAGCAGAAUAACACUUGUGAUUGUUGUUGUUGAAUUGAAGUAUGACUAAGUUGGUCUUGUUUGUUAUGUUUUAAA